CCAUGACGCUUUCCUGAGUCACAGUGACAAACCCUUACCCAAAAUGGCGCUGGCCAGUCUGCUGGAGCCUCAGCAGCUCGUGAAUGAGUCUGGGUACUUCGGUUGGGGGGCCGGUAGCGAGUUUCGGCUCCCGGCGCUCGGCCCUUGCGGCGGAGGGGCGAAGGCGGCGGGGAUGCCGCUGGCUUUGGCCGCCCCUUCUCCCUGCCUGAGCCAGGGCGGCGAGGCGAAGAAGCCCGAAAUUGAGCUCCAGCAUGGCACCACUACUUUGGCCUUCAAGUUUGAGCAUGGUGUGAUUGUAGCUGUCGAUUCGCGGGCAACGGCAGGCGUUUACAUCGCUUCACAGACGGUCAAGAAGGUCAUUGAAAUCAACCCUUACCUGCUGGGCACCAUGGCUGGUGGUGCAGCCGACUGCAGCUUCUGGGAGCGGCUGCUGGCAAGACAGUGUCGCAUCUAUGAACUCCGCAACAAGGAGAGGAUCUCAGUGGCUGCUGCCUCCAAGCUCUUGGCCAACAUGGUGUAUCAGUAUAAGGGCAUGGGGCUCUCCAUGGGUACCAUGAUCUGUGGCUGGGACAAGCGAGGGCCAGGCCUCUACUAUGUAGACAGUGAAGGAAAUCGCAUCUCGGGCACAGUUUUCUCUGUGGGCUCCGGUUCUGUCUACGCCUAUGGGGUAAUGGACCGUGGGUACUCCCAUAAUCUCUCCGUGGAGGAAGCCUACGAUCUGGCCCGCCGUGCCAUCUACCAAGCAACCUACCGUGAUGCCUACUCAGGGGGCACCGUCAACCUUUACCACGUGCGCCAAGAUGGCUGGAUCCGUGUCUCCAGUGAUGAUGUCUCCAAGCUGCAUGAAAUGUUCCGUGACAAACCCAUAGAGACAGUGGCUUAACCGGAUGGAUUUUGGGGUGGGGUGGGGAAGGGCAGCCUUGAACUUGAGUCUUAUCGGUCUGACUAGCCAGAGAGAGGUCACGGAAAUCUAAAGAGAUGGGAUUGUAGGUCAGCCGUAAGGCAGAUGGAGAAGGCUUGACCAGUACGACGGUGGAAGGGUUGGCCCGCAGGAGUGAGGGGAUAUUUGUCUCGUGCCCGUGAUGCAUGUAAUAAAAAAAAAUGUUUUGGUUCUGAAUUAAACUUCUACUCUCUGAA